GUGCUUUUUCAAAGAAAACGCUGAACUGGGGCUGAAACUGAAACAGGGCAAGACUCGCAAAAAGGAGUUGCAGGCUCUUGCUCUCCUUCUUUCUCACAGUUUCCUGUUUAAAGGAGGCCAUUUUGUAACUUAGCCUGGGGGGGGGAAGGAGCACAACAAAGUUUGGCAUUGUUUUUGUUGUUUGUUUUUUCUCCCUCUCCCACGCCUGGGAGUUUCACAAUCAACUUUGGACUUUCUCCUCUGCAGGACAACUUCUUUGGACAAGAGGAGGCGAGGGGAGGGAAGGAGGCGGGGGAGGAAAAGCAGCAGGAGGAUGGUUUUCUCCCUCAGUUUGUCCUCUUCUUUUUGACUCUCUCACACAUACUGCUCGUGCGUUUCAUGCCUGGACAAUAAAACAAGUCUGACAACGAGAGAGAGAGGGCGACAGAAGUGGCAGAAAGGAGGGAACAACCACCGCUUCCUGGAUAAGGAUUUCUUCCUUGAUCCACUGGGAGGGGGUGGACACAUGACACAGAGGGACCAGGACUCUCUGCUCAGUGUGUGUGUGUGUCCAUGUCUCAGUGUAUGCACCCCUCUCUCGUCCUCUGAGGCAGUUUGAAUGAGCGUGGGCUUCGUGGGAACGCCAGACUGCACCUGGGCUUGUGUUCAGAAGUGUGUAUGUUGAGAGCCUCAGGCGGCCAGCAGACAGGACUGUGAAUGGCUAACACCAGCCCUUGUAUGCCCCCAGGGGCCAUGGUCCAGGUCUUCUUUCCUCCGGGGGGCUCCUCACCACCAGACUCGGCCGUGAUGCAGCAGACCCCCAUAUCCAUGCCCUCGUUGCCUCCUCAGGGUGGAUUUCCUGUGAUGGACCUGACAGUAGGGCAGGGCCUUGGUGGGGCUGCGUUGCCCCCAGUGCCCCCCACUCCAGCCGGGGUGUCCUUCAUCAUCCAGAUUGGCCUGACCAGAGAAUCUGUCCUGAUGCCCCAAACUGCUGACCUGGCCUAUGUCAAACAAAUCGCCUGCUCCAUUGUUGACACCAAGUUUCCAGAGUGUGGCUUCUAUGGCAUUUACGACAAGAUUUUGCUGUUCAAGCACGACACAUCCACCAACAACAUCCUGCAACUGGUUAAAGCAGCAAGUGACAUCCAGGAGGGAGAUCUGGUGGAGGUGGUGCUCUCCGCGGCAGCCACGUUUGAAGAUUUCCAGAUUCGGCCCCACGCACUUAAUGUGCACUCAUAUCGGGCCCCGGCCUUCUGCGAUCACUGUGGCGAGAUGUUGUUCGGACUGGUCAGACAAGGGCUCAAGUGUGACGGAUGUGGACUGAACUACCACAAGCGCUGUGCGUUCAGCAUCCCAAACAACUGCAGUGGAGCCCGGAAACGCCGUCUUUCCACCACCUCCCUGAGCAGCAGCCAGUCCCUGCGUCUCUCCACCACGGAGUCAGUGUACAGUGUAGGGACGGCCUCCACCUGCACAGAAGAUGCCACCCUCAUCCGCUCACACACACAAAUGCCACGGACUCCGAGUGAAGCCCGGCGCUUCUACACGGGCCGACCCGUUCAUCUGGAUAAGAUCCUGAUGAGCAAGGUGAAAGUGCCCCACACGUUUGCCGUCCACUCGUACACGCGACCGACGGUGUGCCAGUACUGCAAGAGGCUUCUUCGAGGACUGUUUAGGCAGGGCUUACAGUGCAAGGACUGCAAGUUCAACUGUCAUAAACGCUGCGCGUACAAGGUUCCAAAUGACUGCCUCGGGGAGACUAUCGGAGACAACAAAAGUAACUGUGACUUGUUGAGUCCCAGUGCAGACCCUGAGGUGCCCAUGGACUACACCAGUGAGUACGACAACUCGGACAAGUCUUCGAUAGAUGACUCAGACGAGGCCUGCAGCAUCCCUGGGUCCUUCUCUCCCGACAACAACCAGGACGGAACAAGCGGAGAUCAGAAUGUUUACAUCCCGUUGAUGAGGGUGGUCCAGUCGAUGAGACAGACAACCCGGCGAUCCAGUACGGCGAUCAAAGAAGGAUGGAUGGUUCACUACAGCAAUAAGGACACCAUGAGAAAGAGGCACUACUGGCGUCUGGACUGUAAGUGCGUCAUCCUUUUCCAGAACAACACCACCAACAAAUACUACAAGGAGAUCCCCCUGUCUGAGAUUCUAGAGGUGCGUCCGGCUGGCAACUUCACUCUUGUCCCACCAGGCACAAAUCCCCACUGCUUUGAGCUCAUCACAGGCACUAUGUGCUACUUUGUAGGGGAGGACCCCAACACCCUCCCCACCCUGUCAUCAAGCAACCCCCAGACUCUCCCCCAGACCCCUCCCUCACCUAGCCAAGUGGCGCCCAAUAGCGGCAUUGGGCGUGAGGUGGCCAAAGCGUGGGAGAGCGUCAUUCGCCAGGCCCUCAUGCCUGUCAUCUUUCAGGAUGCACCGCCUGCUGAGGGCAACACAACUCAUAGACAAGCCUCUGUCAGCAUAUCAGUGUCCAACAGUCAAAUCCAAGAGAACGUGGAUAUUGGCACAGUUUACCAGAUUUUUGCUGAUGAAGUGCUGGGAUCUGGGCAAUUUGGAGUCGUGUACGGAGGAAAGCACAGGAAGACGGGGAGGGACGUGGCGGUCAAGGUCAUUGACAAGCUUCGCUUUCCCACCAAGCAGGAGAGCCAGCUGAGGAACGAGGUGGCCAUACUGCAGAGUUUACGUCACCUGGGCAUUGUCAACCUGGAGUGCAUGUUUGAGACCCCAGAGAAAGUGUUUGUGGUGAUGGAGAAGCUGCAUGGUGACAUGCUGGAGAUGAUCCUCUCCAGUGAGAAAGGCCGACUGCCCGAGAGGCUCACUAAGUUCCUCAUCACACAGAUUCUUGCAGCUCUGAGACAUCUGCACUUUAAAAACAUUGUUCACUGCGAUCUGAAACCAGAGAAUGUGCUGCUCGCCUCUGCUGAUCCGUUCCCUCAGGUGAAGCUGUGUGACUUUGGCUUCGCCCGUAUCAUCGGUGAAAAGUCUUUUCGGCGCUCGGUGGUUGGCACCCCUGCCUACCUGGCCCCCGAGGUGCUGCUGAAUCAGGGCUAUAACCGCUCACUGGACAUGUGGUCGGUCGGCGUCAUCAUGUAUGUGAGCCUGAGUGGGACAUUCCCGUUUAAUGAGGAUGAAGACAUCAACGACCAGAUCCACAACGCAGCCUUCAUGUACCCUCCCAACCCCUGGAGACAGAUCUCUAGUGAUGCAAUCGACUUGAUCAACAAUCUGCUGCAAGUUAAGAUGAGGAAACGCUACAGCGUGGACAAGAGUCUCAGCCAUGUAUACUUACAGGACUAUCAGGCAUGGCUGGACCUGCGGGAACUGGAGACUAAACUCGGCGAGCGUUACAUCACUCACGAGAGUGACGAUGGCCGCUGGCAGAUGUUUGCCCGUGAACAUACUCUGCCGUACCCGGCGCACCUCGUGCCUCCUCCUGCCGCGCCGGGCUCUGACGACGACGAGGGCGGAGAGGAUGCGGAUGUGCAAGGCCUCACUGAGAGGGUCAGCAUCCUCUGAUGAGAAAAGACCGACAACUCAAGAUCCAUUAGGAAAGAGGAGAGGCAGAAUGAGAUGGUAGUGUCCAGCUGUUUAGUCUUUCACAACACGGUGUUCACUGUGUGCCAGCACUCAAUUUUACAGCAAUAAAUCCAAUUUCUCGCCUCCAGACUGAGUUCAUCAAAACUUCCUCCUAACCAUUUACCUCUGCUGUGAUUGGUUCUUCUUUCAUCUUUUGAACUGUUUGGACUCUUUCAUAUUGAUGAUUGCUAAACUCUAUUACACAUCCUCUGUGCGGGUGACCUGAGGAGUCUUUGCAGAAAAAAAUGGAGUCAAACUUUAAAUCCUAAUUUGCCACACAGAUUAGAAAAACACUGCAUAUUCUCUUCUUCUCCCCGCAAAAUGCUUCUUUCGUAGUAAAGCAGGAUAUACCAUUUUGCCACAAGGGAUCAAGAUAAGAAUUUGGUUAAGAUGGAUUUUUUAUGGAUUUUUUGUAAACAAAUGUGUGUUCAUAGUUAAAUGAAACUGCCUCAUUUAAAGAAGUAAAAUUAGUUUUUAGUCUCAUCCAAUUGGACUGACUGGAAUUGCACUCCCUCUUAUGUCUCAAGUAAAAAUGGGUUCCAUCUCUUUUCAGUGGUGGAGCACUUUAGAGUGACAAAAGGCUUCCUCUGUGCUGGUAAUUACUAAUGUGGCGGCGUGGCGUCAACCCCAUCUGUAUUCAAAAAAGGAUUUACCAUAAAUUCAUGUGCUAUAGUGAAAACUGGAAGUAUUGAUCUGGCAACAGCAAAUUCUCCAGUAAUUACCACUUGAGUUUUGAACCACAAUUGACUCUGAGAAAAUGUAUGUGAUUGAAGAUGGCUCUGCGGGUUUAAAUGAACCUCAGCAUCGGGGCUGUUUGUUACCUGCCGUGACUAGACAGCUUUCAUCAGUCACAUGACACGUUUCUAUGUGCAGCAGCUGUAGUGCUAUGCAGCAUUAGCCUCAAUUGCUGUUCCUGAAAGGUGAAAAACUGUUUUCACUGUUGAGUCACCCACUUUCACACAUCUAUGAAGGCAAGAGGUUGUGUAUUUAAUUGGUGAAUAAUCUUUAGAGUUGCCUGUAUAUAAGAUUUACAUACCGUCAAUGAUGAGGAGAUUUUGUUGGCUACCUGUCAUGUUGCAUGUUUCUGUGAAGUAGAAUCAUUUAGAUACAAUAUAAAACAUACUGUAGUUAUGAUGGUCUAUUAUACACACGUGUAACCUGAACUUUACGUAGUUGUCAAACAUGGGUAGACAGUGUAUGACAUGUUUGAGGGACGAUCCUAGACUUUGCAUUAAAUAAUACAAACCUUGAACAAUA